GUGAUUAGAAAGGGUGGCAGAGAACGUUCCUGUAAUACGAUGUAACGAGCGCGAGGUCUAAGAAUGUUAACUAUUCGGGGCGAACGGUACAGGCACCGUUUUCUCGUGUUACUGCACUGCGACAGUGGUGACGAAGUCGGAUCACGAGUGUAUGGAAAUGGACCAUUCGCUCUAUGACAGCCAGCGUAGCAUGGCUGUGGUAUCGACAUGCGCCUAACCGCGUAGCAACCUACGAACCGAAGAACUCGGGACCAUCUCUUUCACUUCUUAAAAUGAAAGAAAUGGACAGGGAUCAUAGGGAACAACGAGAUCACGAUAAUUUAAAUGAAAUCGAGGGGGAACGAAAAAUAGGAAUGGAUUUUCGUAAUUUGUCUCAUCACCAUGGCGUGGAUCAUGUAGCUGAUGUCGAAUCGGAGAGAGACAUGGAACGGGAUCAGAACAACCACGUUGAUAACGUACACGAUGAGAAAGUCGACCAUAAAAUGGGUAGAGAUUUUCGUAACUUAGGAUCUCAUGCUGGCAUGGUUCACUUACACUCGGGAAUGGAGCAUUUAAAUAAUGUCGACGUAGAAGUAAAAUUGGCCAGAGAUGUUCGUGGCUCUUUAGGUUUGGGACUAUCGCUAGAAUUGUGUGUAGUCUGUGGAGACAGGGCUAGUGGAAGACACUAUGGAGCAAUAAGUUGCGAGGGUUGCAAAGGUUUCUUUAAACGUAGUAUUCGAAAACAAUUGGGUUAUCAAUGCAGAGGAAGCAAAAGUUGCGAAGUUACCAAACACCAUAGAAAUCGGUGUCAGUAUUGUAGACUUCAGAAAUGCCUUGCAAUGGGGAUGAGGAGUGACUCUGUUCAACACGAGAGAAAACCAGUUUUGGGUGAAUCAGCGGGAGCAAAAGUCGGAAAUCGAAGCCCUAGAGUUAAACCAGAACCACAGCAAUCAGUAUCUGAAACACCUUCGACCUGGGAGCAACCCGAAAGUCCUAGUAUGGAAGAUCAAAGUAGUGAUAGUGACCUCAGCGAUGCGUUAACAUUAGCAAGAGAACGGUUACUUAUUUCACAUGCAUUGGAUAGCAUGGCUAAGCUUAUUGGAGAUAGCGUUAAUGGUUCAAGUGAACCAGAAGAAGAGUGGACUGGUCAGUUAAUUUCUGAAAGGCAUACGCUAUUUGAGUUAAGAGCACCUAGCCCAGCCCCCGCGUACUUAUCGAUACACUAUAUUUGCGAGAGUGCUGCUAGAUUACUUUUUCUGUCAGUUCACUGGGCAAGAGGAAUUCCCGCGUUCCAAGCAUUACCAUCCGAAGUUCAAACAACAUUGGUACGCACUUCCUGGGGACAGCUUUUUACUUUAGGUCUUGCACAAUGUGCAUACACUCUGUCUCUUCCUAGUAUUUUAACAUCAAUAAUAAAUCAUUUACAAGCUAGUAUUGCACAGGAAAAAAUUACAGCUAGUAAAGUAAAAUCCGUAACAGAACAUAUAUGUAGACUACAAGAUUGCGUUAGUUCACUUCAUAAGUUACAAGUGGAUUCUAUUGAAUAUGCGUACCUUAAAGCGUUAACGCUUUUCAGUGCUGACAAUAUUUUAGCCGGGGUUUGGCGUAAAAAAGUUGAAGUUUUACAAGAAGCUGCGUGGACAGAGUUGCAACAACGUGUUGCAUCUGACCGAUUACCUCGCCUUCUUUUGAGGCUUGCACCACUUCGUUCAAUUAACCCGAGGGUUUUGGAAGAUUUGUUUUUUGCAGGUCUUAUCGGUAGAGUAAGCGUAGCUAGUGUUGUGCCUUAUAUUCUUACUAUGCACGAUUACAAAACUGAACCUGAAAGUCAUAUGGGGUGACAAUUACUAUCUGUGCAAUGUAAGUCGUGACCUAUCAAAGUGAUAUAUAUAUAUAUAUA